CGUGUGUUCAACGAGGCCGACUGAGUUCAGUUUUUUUGUUCAACGAACGAUUCUCUUCUAGCUGGGUUGAUAAUGGAACAGUCCAAUCUUCAUGACAAGCUUUUCUCAAGAGGAAGCGCAACUCCUCCUCCUCCUCCUUCAACUUAUCUUGAUUCGUUGUUUCAAUCUGCCGCAUCUCACGGAAAUUCAGCCCCUGCUACUCCAAGCAUGGAUGAUACUUCAGUUCCAGCUGUCUCUACAUCUCCAGCUGAUAGGCAGAGCGCUCUCCUUUCCUUGUUAUAUCCUGCCGCAACUUCAAUACCUGCUAUCAGGCCACUUCAACAGUCUCCUCCUGCUUCUUCUAUAAGAUCAGGUCAAUCACCCUCAAAUAACAGUGAAACUCAAGGAAAGAUCCUCCUAGAACAGCUCAUGGGUACCGCCUCCCGCUCAAAUUUUUCAGAGCCUGCUCCACAACCAAUGUCGACUUUACCCCCUGCCGCUAGUCCCCAGUUUCAGUCCUCCAUGGGACAGUCGUCCAUAGUCCAGUCUUCCAUCGGAGACACCUACCAUCUUAAUGAGGGCUCUUACAUCCAACAAGAGCAGCCAAGGGAUACACAACCCCCCAUCGCCCAGCCUCAACAGCCCCAGCAGCUCACCCCCUCUCCCCGCAAGUCCAUGUUUGAAUUUGUUUCUCCUUUCGAUGCUCUUGACUCCACCUCAACCGUAAAGAAGAAACCUGUUAUCGCAGGUCCUGCAAGUGCAUCCAGCACAAACGAGGACUCCUGGACAUCCGCUUCCCUAGGCUCUCUCAAUGACCCAAAGCGCAAGUCUGUCGAGAACCUAAUGGACCAGUUGACUAGGUCCCAGCAGUCCUACCCCCCUGCACAGCCUCCAUCCCCUGCCUAUGACCCUUAUAGCACUACAGACGAGUAUUCCCAGGUUGAAUCACAGCCGACCCCUCAGCAGCAACCCCUCCAACCUCGUACCAUGCCCCCGCCCCCUCCUCUUCCUCCCAAACCUGGCCGUGUGUCGCCCCCUAGGGGCUCUCCUCCGAAGCCUGCUCCACAGCAGUCGCGUCCACAGCCACGCCCUGUCGAGUCACCUCUCGGUCAGGCUCCCACUCCACCUGCGAGGCGAGACAAGGAUGGAUCACCCGGUCCUCGCAACACCUGGAAGAACGAAUCCAGAGCCAAAGGUACUGCUAAAGGAAAGCCACAGACGAGUCCGAGCUCGCAACCUCAAACUAUCGUAUUCGAUGUAUCACAGCCGCUGGACGAUGUGCAGGCUCCUAGGGAUGCCGUCAAAUCUACUGCAAUUGCUCUGGUCAAGCAGGACUCUGUAUUCUUACCUGGUACGACCAUUGGCGCUACUCAUUGGAUUGCGUAUGCCAUGACAAAGGGUCGUGUUCGUGUUAUCUCGCGGUCGAGUGGUGAUCGCACUCUGCUUCAGCUGCCGACAGUCUUUGCACCUUCCACCUCGGUCAUUGACAUGGCUGUGUAUGGUAACAGGCUCGCAGGUGUCACUUCCGAUGGCGGGUUUGUCGUGUGGGAACUGCCUGAGGUUAUCACUGAUGAUGUACCCGGGCGACUCUUGUUGUGCAUCGUCCCCAGUGCUGACGCUGACCCUCUUCACUCCGUAAAGUGGCAUCCCAAGCAACCCGACACUCUGGCAGUGGCUUCGGAGACCAAAAUGUAUUUACUUGAUCUAGCAGACGCUGCGCGUACUUUUAGAGGAGAGCCUUUGCCACAAGUUGAAUUGAACCGUAUUUCUCAAGUAUUUUCCGUGCCAUCGCGCUUGGUCGCGUUUGAUUUUGAUGUUCCUCAUUUUGCACUGGCUACUAUUUCCGAGGACUCCACUCUUACUCUGUGGAACGUCCAUGACAAGAUGCCUUUCUGGACGCACCGCGUUCGCGGCGACGACGUCCCCUCAUCUCUGACAUUCAUCGACGACGGCAUCGUCAUCGGGAGGAAGAACGGCACAGUGUUCCAGCUCCUCUCUGUCAUCACCAAGAACGUCCUCUCCACAUUCAAAUUCGUCAACGGAAACAAAGAAGACCCCGACAUGUUCGGACACGUCAACUACGACUCCCGAAUCCAGACGCUCUGGGUUGCCAACAACCGGCGCGACAGUCUCAUCUCCCUGCGCAUCGGGUUCGAUGUCAGCGCUUCGCCUUCGGGCGAACUCGUCCGUGGCGGGUUCUUCGAGCAAGUCGUCGAGUUCUCCGGGCCGAAACCGACUAUCCACUUUGUGAUACUCUCAGCAGACGCAGACCCCACAGGUGACGAAGCGCACGCUGCAUGCGUCGCUGCUAAGCUCCCCCCGGGAGACCUCGCGCUCGUCGCGUUCUCUGUGCAUUCUACCGGUGUUGAUCAGGUGCUGAUCAGGAAAGAGUGGUAUGAUACGGCUGUGUUAAACGCGCCUGGAAAGUUCCCACCUUAUAUGCCUGCGGCCCCCGCGGAAGUAAAGGGUACAGGGCGUCAGAUGCCUCCUGCGCCUGUGAACAUCGGUGGGCCUGGGCCUGCUUCCGUGCCAGCCAUGCAGUCCUCUGGGUCCGGGUCUGGAAGCAUUCUCCCACCUCGUACACUUCGAACCCCUCCUUCUGAAGAACUUGAGGGUGAUAUCGCGCGCGACGAAGUCCGUACACAUGAAGGCAAGGGAAAGAACAUCCGAGGGAAGAAUGUGGCGUUUAGGGAUCGCGAAGCUGCGAAUCUGAACUUGAAAGAGACUGAGAAAUUAACGAGCUUCAAGGGCGAUGCGGGCGCUAGUGUUGACAAUGGGGUUGCACUAGUCGUCACCAAGGAGAUCAAAAAGAGCGAGGAGAGCUUGCAUACGCGUAUUGGACGGUUAAUUGGGAAGGAGAUGGAUAAACAACACCAACGGAUGGAAGAAGCGCGCGUUCAAGAGCAGGCUGAGGAUUUCAAUCGACAGGAGAAGAUUCUGAAGCUAAUAUCGACGGAGCUUACAAGAAACACGACGAGGGUUGUUGAGAUGGCCGUUAAAGCUGAAGUCCAGAACUCGGUUUUACCUGCGCUGGAGCAUAUCACGAGGACGGAAGUUCGGGCUGCUCUUAAUGAGCAUGUUGGGAGAGGGUUGACAGAAUUUAUCCAGAAUAGCCUUCCGAAUGAGAUCGAGAAACUGCUUUUACGCCCUGAUAUCUCGAGCCAUUUCGCUAGUAUCCUCUCGACGAAUUUGAACCCUCUGAUCGAGCGGUACAUCAAGGACGCCGUCACAAAGAACAUCAUCCCUACGUACUCUCAGCAGACUUCGGCUAUGCACCAAGAUAUCCUUCGAGAGAUGAGGGCGGAGAUUUUGAAUGUAAAGAAGGAUUCUAUGUCAUGGCAGACUGAAGCUGCACGGAGCCAGGAGUCCUUAAUCAGGGAUCUCGAGCAUUCUGUCAGGAUGCUGUCCGACCAAGUCAAGUUCUUGUCGUUGAAUUCAGCUGCUAAUCAUCGGAUAACAACUGGCAGUUCUCCUGUUCCUAGCGUCUCAAACAUGAGUUCUAUGAGUCAAGGCAUGCACCGCUCCCAGAACCUCCCUCCUGCAACGACGCAGGCUCCAGUAUACGGCUCUCAGUCUCUCGGUUCAUUCUCCCAACAACCACAGCCAUCGCAGAUGCACACACACGCUACGUGGUACCCUUCAACGAUUGCUGCGCCUCAAGCGUCUCACCCCAUCGCGCCUCCCCAACCCCCUCCCCCACCACCGUUGUCCCAGCGGUCUCCUCCCGUUCAACAUGAUGCUUGGGAAGAUACCUAUAUGGCGGUUCUGGGUACGCAGGAUCCGAAGCAGCUGAGGGAGCUCCUUGCGAGAUCGAGCCCGGAGGUUGUGAUGCCUAUGGACAGGAAGGGGCCGUUGUCUAUGGCUGUUAUUUUGUCAAUUUUGCAUCGGCUGGCUACUAUAAUUGCGGAGACGCCUCCUGUGGAUGAAGCUUUCAAGUCUUCUUUGUGGUGGAUGCAACGCACUGCUACUGUUUUGAACAUUAAUGAACCUCUGAUCGCACCAUACGUCGCGCGAGUAGUCCCGAAUGUGAAGGCUACGCUGAAUACUACCAAGCAGCGAUUGACGAUUCUCCCUGGUGGACCUCAAACAAUGGAUGCGGCGCGGACUAUUUCUGAGAUUCUGGAUAUUCUGGGUCGGAAGGGCGUGCCUGCACCGCAGGGGGGUCUUUGAUGGUUGAUUUCUGUCUCUGAGGGUUGUCCUGAGGACUGCUCUAUUCGUAUGCAAAUAAAAACAUGAAAACAUACUCCAACGCGAUGCACACCACCAUUCCUUUUAUUCCGUUUUUUUUCCCUAGCGAUGAUGAAUGUUACGAAUGCUGUUAGGCUCAUGAGUUUUUCUUGCGCAUGUUUUUUUUGGUACUGACUGUUUGACUGCUCUUCAUGAUACUAUCAUACAUACUUUGUGUUUCGUUUGUUGUAGUGCAGAUUUGAAUCACAUGUCAUGAUAAUUC